AUCUCUUCUUUAUUUUUUCUUAGUUCAAUACUUUUAGAUCCAAUCCAAAGCCUUAAAAGAAAAAAAAUCAUUGGAUCUUUUUUUUGAUCUUUCAAAGGCAUAGAGAGAGCUCUCAGUUUUCACCAACAAUGGCUCCACUAUUGUACUUCAGUUUCCGUAAGGUACUUUUGCUUUACCUUGCUUUCUUUAUGUUGAUUUCGUUGCUGGUUUGUACCUCCAUUGUUGAUAGCCACGAGCUUCGAACCACUCGGUUUGGUGGCGGUGGAAGAAGAUUGUUGGAGCUCGAAGAAGAAGAUGAACAGUUGGUGUUGAAGAAGAAAAGCUCCAAUUUUUCCAACAAGAAGAACCAAACCAAGCUUGUUAAACCAUCAAAUGUAUCCACCAAGAACCAAACCAAGCUGGUUAAAUCAGUGAAUGUAUCGACCAAGAACCAAACCAAGCUCGUUAAAUCAUUGGAUGUAUCAACCAAAACGUCGAAUUUGUCGGCCAAGAACCAAACCAAGGUUUUGAAACCGACCAACUCGACCAAAACUGCAAAGCCAACGGUGUCGAGUCCCAUUCCCAAGAAGCUUAAUUCAACUUCCAAGGUGAAGAAACUGAAUUCCACAACACCAAAAGCUUCGGAUCUGCUCAAAUUAAGCUCUCCCAAGAACAAACCAACCACGAAAACACCGGUUCAAUCUUCAAAACCUGAAAAGAAACCGACAACAACCCAGAUUCAGAAACAACAAAAGAAGCAACCCAGUUGGGUAGACGACGAUGAUGAAUCGGAUUUAGUGUCGGAGUUCCGGGAUCUACCGGCUAAGUUCCAGCAAACACUUAUACCGGACUUGGAGAAAAUCUCGACAACCUCGAAAGUUUACAUCAACAAAUACAACAAAGAGUUCACCAAACAGUUCAAACCAUAUGUCGGCAACAAACAUGCUCCCACCAUUGCUACUGUAAUCUCUUGUGCUUUCCUUUUAAUCCCGUUACUAUUAGUUUCCCUCAUUUUUAACCGCAUCAAAGCUUAUUUUUCACUCCAAAAGAUUCUCAUCUUCAUCCAAGUUUACCUCUCGAUUUACUUUUCAAUCCUUUGCCUUACCUCCCUCGUCACUGGACUUGAGCCGCUUAAGUUCUUUUACGCCACUUCGCCGUCGACCUACGUGUGUUUACAAGUGCUUCAAACGCUUGGGUACGUGCUUUACUUGUUGCUGCUGUUGAUGUAUUUGAUACUGGUUUUCUCGACGGAGUCGGGUCUCGGAUCCAAGAUGUUGGGUUUGGGUCAGAUAUUCGUGGGGUUUGCCGUCGGGUUGCAUUACUACGUGGCGGUGUUUCAUAGAGUGGUUUUGCAUCAACCGCCGAAGACUAAUUGGAAGGUCCAUGGGAUGUACGCCACGUUUUUCCUUGUGAUUUGUUUGUUUGCUGGUGUUGAUAGGAGAAAGAAGGCUUACUUGGAAGAAGGCGGUGAAGAGGGGAAGAAAAAUUAAUUAAUUAAUUAAUUAAUUAAAGAUUUUUUGGGGGAGUACAUUAUUAUUAUUAUUAUUAAAUUAGUCGGUCCAAAAACUUGUCAUAAUCUCAGCCACUUACAAUUUGUAGCAAUAAUGAACAAAUUUUGCUGUCAUAAAGUUGUGCUGAGAAAUUUCCGAAGGUAUCUUGACCUUUGUUGUCAUUUUUUCCCCUUUAUUUUUAUUUAUGGUUUUAUAUUUAAAUUCACAAUUGUAAUUUGCCCACUGUAAUGUUUUCUUAAUUACCUUUGAAAAUAGACAAGGCUUUUUGCAA